UUAGCUACAUGUUGACCCAGGAGUAGAAUAUACCAAGCCAGGAUUCACCCGAAUGCACAGUGACCCAGCCAGUCAACAACAGCGUUAACCUCAAUUCAAACAGACAUGUAGCUUGCAUAAUGCGAAGUACAUUAGCCUAGAAGGUGGCCGCCAUUUAUCAGUGACAAUUUCACAACAAAACAACUUACAAGUUAUCUUUGGCAACUUUUUUAAUAAUCGGAUGUCAGUUGUUGGAUUAGUUGUGAUUUCAUGGUUUACCAUUGCCAAGGUCUACCAUGACUGAUGACCAGUCUGUGUUAUUGGUGAAUUCUCCCAUUUGCAGAAUAUGUCAGAAGGUAUACCAAAACCCAAAGAUUCUUUCAUGCCUUCAUAGUUUCUGCUGUGGAUGUCUGGACAAACUACAGUCCAUUCAGAUUGCUCAGAAUCAACUCACGUGUCCUGUGUGUGACGUCGACACAGCUAUUCCUGGCGGAGGGGUAGCUAGUCUAACCAACAAUGCAUUUCUCAACAGAAUAAGUCAAGACUACAUUGAGGCCAUAAAAAGCACAAUAAGCAAGAAAUCGUUGGCAAAUGCAACUUCUGAAAGCAAGUGGACUUCUCCAGUAACAGCAAGGGAAACCCAGUAUGGAACAGGACAUCGGGAUGUACACAAAUCACUUGAUAUAAAUAAAGAAACAAUCAAAUUAUCUGAUGAUUUGAAAAAAGAUGUAUCACAUAUAUCGGAAAAGCUCCAACAGGAAUUAAUGCACCUACAAGAGGAAGCUUUAAGAACAACGUAUUCCAUAGAAAUGGUCACAGACACUGCCACCAAUUGGAUGCAACGGAACUCUGAAAUCAAAACUAAAAUCCAUCAACGGUCAUCCGAGUUACAACACGCCAUUCGUCGUCACGAAACACAGAUGAUUGCACAACUUACAAACCAACAAUACACUGACAAAUUUAUACACGAUAUUGAAACAGCCAAAUGUGGAUUGAGACAAAAUUUGAAGAACAUCAUACAGGCCAUCGAGUUUAUUAAACAAGUUCAAGAGUUUGCUACAGAGGAUGAUGUUCUAGACAUGCGAGAAUUCUUGCUUGGGAAUCUGGCAAUUCUGAACAAUGUAUCAAUCAGCUACAAACAGUACUCAGUGGAUUUUAAAAAUUUGGCAGAAACCAUUGCUAACGACUUUGGACAGUUAACGUUAUUACUGUCAGAGGAAGUAGUGUUUGAUCCAAAACAGUUUGGUGAAGUGAAUAAUCAACUGGAGCAUCAAGACAAAGAUGAUGAAAAAAAUAUUCCAAAACGACUUAAGUUCAGAAGAAAGUUGAAUAAAGAACGCCGUUUGACAUCUGUGGUUGACAAAAAUUGGAGAGCAGACGAACCAAAGCAGUCAACAGAGGAUCCCUUAAGUAACUUGAAGGAAAAUCUGAUACAAAGAAGAAGAAACUUGUUGCAAGGAUAUGGCAGUUUUGAACAGCCUGAUUUAGGUACAUUCUAUGGAUAUCAAAACUUACCAAAAAGACAAAUGAAAAAACAGAAACGCAAAUAUCAUUCUUUUGGAGGAAAGUCAGCUCUGUCAGCUGCCCCGCCAGAUGCUGCCACACUAAAACAAAUAAAUGAAAACAUCCAAAUCACUUCAAAACAAACAUCAAAUAAUGUGGCAUCAAAUGAACAUUCACUUGAUAAACAACAUUCAUUUUCAAUAGAAACCCCGCCUGAUACAUACAGUGACGUAAAAUGUACAGCAGGUAGUGAAAGUCUGACCUCUGCAACAGAAGAGGAGGAAUGGACAGUUAUAACAGAAGAGGUCGUUGUGCAGCAACCACCCUUACAAGGUCAAAUUGAUGACUCAACAUCGUGGCAGAGUACCCCAAGAUCAGAUUACGUUACUCAAAUGUCAGAAUGGACUACAUCUAACGAUGAAGACGACACAAUAAGCGAAAAUCAAUUGUCCAGUGAGAGAAAUCAAAAUAUACAUCCUUCUGAUGCUCCUGGUUCAGAAUGGAUAGUUACUGUAGAGGAGGUUUCAAUUCCACAACCGAUCAACCCAAGUCCUAGUCACAAAACAAAUUCUUCAAAUUUUUCAACAGAUAAAUCUGACAAAGCACAACCACAAGAUGUUAAUGAAGAAAAAAAUUCUGUUCCACUAGUUACAGAGAACGCUUCGAAAUCUAUGACAGAUGAACAAAAAAAGCUUCCCUGGCAUUCACGAUAUAAUAAAAUAGCAGAAACAGCUACAAGAGCUGUCCAAGAAGAAAGACCAAUUCACAAUAUUGGAGAUCGUGAACAUCCUUCACCAAAGCUUGAAACAACACCUAACAAACCAAGUCAGUACAUUAGUGCCAUGGAUGAACAACUGUCUUCAGACACAGCUGAAUGGAAAGUUACUACAGAAGAGAUUUCAAUUCCAUGUGAUACUUUUACUAGAUCUAGUAUGACACAAGAAGGUCGUGACAAAAGACUGAAGUUUUUACAAAACAACUGGAGAAAGCGAAAAGAAGUCCUGAGACAAACAGAGGGAUUUGCUUCUCCCACAGUAAAAGAAGAACAAAUCUCAAGUCCUAUUGUUUCUGGUGCAUGUAGAGAUCCUCAAACAACUGAGAAGUCUGUGCAUUUUGAAAGUAAUUUAGGCUUGAACAUUCGUUCACUGUUAAAUGAAGAAAAGGACAAAACAGAAAGUAAAGACAUGGUGGAGAAUGCUUCAAGGCCGCGUCUAUAUUCAGAAACAGACAUAGAGAAAGAAGUAUUUGUCGAUAUAAAUCCCAGUGCUUCAAGAUUAACCAAAUAUAGGUUGAAUGAAUACAGGCAAAAUAUGAGACAAAAGACAGAAAGAUGGCGAGUAAGUUCAAACUGAGUAAGUGCUACUAUGUGGACAUUAAUAAUGAACAUAGAAUGAUUUCUAGACAUAUAGGACCGAAGUUACGAAGCCUGUUUUGCUUUGUUUAAACAUUGUAAAUUUAUGUAGUUACACGCGUCUAAGUCAUUAACAGGCUUUUGUAAAUCGACCCGAAUGUCAUUUGCAUUAAUCACUCGAAGUACUUUUAAGAAAAUGAAACUUAAAUGCAUAUGCACAACGAAUUGUAUUAUCACACAUAUAUAGGUUAUUGGCAGUGUUUCGAUAUCAUCAAUAUCAUAUAUUAAGAAUACAUUAUUUUUAUUCCUAAUAUAUUAUACUGACGAUACUGAAACACACGAGGGUAUUAUUUUCUUUAUCAUGUAAUAUCAAGCUUAAUACGUCUUUUUUGUAAAUUUUAUACUCUUCUAUAAUUGCAGUCAGACAUUACUUGAUAUUUAAAUGACGUAUGCAUAUACGACGCAUGCUAUAUGUUUUAGUGGGAAUGGCAUCGAUAUUGGAAUGAAGUCAUUUUGCAUAUGCCUACAUAAUAACGAACUAGUGCAUGGCGUUUUAGUUUUCAAAAUGCUGGACAACUUCCAAAGUAAAAUUGCUAUUGAAGUGUUUUUGUUUGAUGAAUGACUAUGAAUUUUUAUAUAGCGCCAUAGUACGUUUGCUUAAAUAUCAUUAAAACAUUGUCUUGUGACCUGAUUAAUUUGUAUCUAAUAUGCAAAGUUAUCAAAUUCUGAGAGUAUGUGAUCAGAACAAUAUGACCUACAUUUAUUACAUUG